GUGCGCACGGGCGGGGCUUUCCCGGAUCGACCACGCCCCCGUGGGAGGGGGUAAGCGGGCGGCUGCGCAGCAGCUGGCGCACCCCCGCCGUUUCCUAGGAGACGAAACACACAGACGCCGGCGCUUCACAAGGGAGCGAACGAGGGUGUUCAUAAGGAUGGAAAUAUUGUUUCCUUGCCAGAUUGCUUAUUGCUAUAUCUUAUGAACCUACAUAAUCUGGGGAAGAGCCUGUGUUUAAUGAUGAUAAACGUGUCACCAGUGUAGCAACAACAGUCCAAGGGCAAAACAGAAUACAAAUAAAGACGCCUUCGUAUUUAUAUUCAGCAAAAAAGUCCUUUCAGUCAUCAACUUCUGCUGCGUCAUUUUUCCGAGAUGAACCGAUACACGACCAUGAGGCAGCUGGGGGACGGCACCUAUGGGAGUGUGCUGAUGGGCAAGAGUAACGAAUCCGGGGAGCUGGUGGCCAUCAAAAGAAUGAAGAGAAAGUUCUAUUCUUGGGAUGAGUGCAUGAACUUGAGAGAAGUUAAGUCUCUGAAGAAGCUUAAUCAUGCCAAUGUGAUUAAACUGAAAGAAGUUAUCAGAGAAAAUGACCAUCUUUAUUUUAUAUUUGAAUAUAUGAAAGAAAACCUCUAUCAAUUGAUGAAAGACAGAAACAAGUUGUUCCCUGAGUCAGUCAUCAGAAAUAUUAUGUACCAAAUAUUGCAAGGGCUGGCAUUUAUCCAUAAACAUGGUUUUUUUCAUAGGGAUAUGAAACCAGAAAACUUGCUUUGUAUGGGCCCAGAACUCGUGAAAAUUGCUGAUUUUGGACUUGCAAGAGAAUUAAGGUCACAGCCACCGUAUACUGACUAUGUAUCCACCAGAUGGUAUCGCGCUCCUGAAGUUUUACUCCGAUCUUCCGUUUAUAGCUCUCCAAUUGAUGUGUGGGCUGUUGGGAGUAUAAUGGCUGAACUAUAUACGUUAAGACCACUUUUCCCAGGGACAAGUGAGGUUGAUGAAAUCUUUAAGAUCUGCCAAGUUUUAGGGACUCCCAAAAAAAGUGACUGGCCAGAAGGGUACCAGCUUGCGUCCUCUAUGAAUUUCCGCUUUCCCCAGUGUGUUCCUAUAAACUUAAAAACUCUUAUUCCCAAUGCCAGUAAUGAAGCUAUUCAGCUUAUGACUGAAAUGUUGAGUUGGGAUCCAAAGAAACGGCCAACAGCAAGCCAGGCACUGAAACACCCAUAUUUUCAAGUUGGUCAAGUAUUAGGCCCUUCCUCCCAUCAUCUGGAAUCGAAACAGGCUUUAAGUAAGCAUGUGCAACCACUAGAAUCAAAACCAUCUGUAGCUGACCUAGAAGCCAAGCCUCUGCCAGACAUAAAUGAUCAGACUGUCGGGCAGCCCCAACCGAAAAACAGCCACCAGCCACUGCAGGCCAUCCAGCCACCACAGAACACGAGUGUCCAGCAAGCACCGAAGCAGCAGAGUCAACAGAAACAGCCACAAACACUAUUUCCAAGUAUCGUCAAGAACAUGCCAACCAAGCCAAAUGGCAGCCUGGCCCAUAAAAGUGCUAGGCGGCGCUGGGGUCAGACUGUUUUCAAGUCCGGAGACAGCUGGGAAGAGUUUGAGGACUGUGAUUUCGGAGCCUCCCAUUCCAAGAAGCCAAGCAUGGGUAUUGUCAAAGAAAAGAGGAAAAGUUCUCCAUUUCGGCUUCCGGAGUCAGUACCCGCAGGCUCCAACCACUCAACAGGGGAAAACAAGAGCUUUCCUGCUGUUACUUCCCUAAAAUCUGAUUCUGAAUUGUCAACUGCUUCGACAGCUAAACAGUACUAUUUGAAACAAUCCAGAUACCUUCCAGGUAUAAAUCCCAAGAACGUAUCCUUGGUAGCGAGUGGAAACCCAUACACCUGGAAUAACCAGUUAUUUCCUAAGUCACUGGGACCCACUGGGGGAGAACUUGCUUUCAAAAGGACUAACGCAGGAAAUCUUGGAAGUUACGCUACUUACAAUCAGUCAGGAUAUAUUCCUUCCUUUCUGAAAAAAGAAGUGGGCUCAGCUGGACAGAGGAUACACUUAGCACCUCUCGGUGCAACAGCUUCAGAAUAUUCCUGGAACACAAACACUGGUCGGGGGCAGUUUUCAGGACCCACUUACAACCCUACAGCCAAGACUCUAAAUAUUGUGAACCGCGCCCAGCCAGUCCCCUCUGUGCACGGGAGGACAGACUGGGUGGCCAAGUACGGAGGCCACCGGUAGGAGUCUGGUGUGAAGGCCCACAACCCUGCUCCACGUGGUCUGUGCACGUCCCCUGACCCUGACCCUGGGAAAUGUCUACAGAUGUCUAUUUCUACUGUGUUCUGGAAGAAAUAUAUGAUAGUGGGUACUCUGAAGAGCAAAAAGCUUCUCCUAUUUUAUUUCUUUCCUAGAAAUGAAAUGCAUUUUCUUAGCCUCAUCACCCACACGAUGCUGAUAUAUGGGUAGGACUUUACAAAGUAUUGAAUAAACUAUUUGCCAAAAUAUCAAGUAUCUGAUCUACAAAUUAGUAGACACUAAGUACAAGAAACUUAAAAAAAAAAAGCCUCCAGAAAUUUAAGUGUUUGAAGUGUUUCAGUUUUCAUUUGUCAUAUAUUUGCCUCAACUAGUACUUCAUUGCUUGGCCUCAGAGGUUUGUUUUGUUUUGGUAUUUCAUAGCAUUAGGUAGACGUGUGGACUGUUGUUAAAGCUUCUGAUUUGGCCAAGGCUCUACUCUACCUUGUGGGCAAUGGCAGAAAGAUGGUAAUUUAUCAUUUAUUUUUCUACUAUGAAACUGUGGAAGCAAUGGGAAUUCCAAUCUUGCACCGGAUGUCUUUCUU